AGGACGGUUUAAUCGCUGCCCGGUGCUGUUGCACUCGACGACGACGCAGCAACGGGACACAGAGAGCACAAGGAGGGGGAGGGGCGCAGCAAUCGCGCGGCGGUAUCGUAGGUUGAUGUCCGCCGACACGUCAGUUCCGCCGUUUUUUCUUGGACGAGGGGGCGGCUGCUCGAACUCGUCGCUGCUGCUGCCUGUCGUCGUAGUGCGCCCGUGCUUUUGUGUGCCGCUAUCACCGGCCCCCGAGACAGGUCUGCGUUCACGGGGACGCUGCACGCGGGACGCUGAUUUGAGGUGAAGGGCCGAAGCAGACUUUUUGUGGGGCGUCGUCUAUCUGCCCGUUGGAGGGGCGCUCCACCAUGGAGCCAAGCGGGUUUGCAGAGCAGCUCAUCUGCCUCAAGGCCAGCAUCUCGAGAUUACGCCACAGCGUCAACGAAGAACUGGACAACCUUGGCGCUGCACUGGAUACCCUGGCCAGGGAACAACGCGCAGCGGAAGACAAGGCCGCACCCAAGGCCCCCAGCGAGGCACACCUCCGGAAAAAAAGUUCACCUGGUCAAGGUCUACCAGAAAAGAUCUUCACUAUCCGAGAAUCCCGUAUUGUAGACCUGAUGGCCAAUGAGCACCUGAGGACCGUUUUCAACAUCUUCGUGGCCUUUCUGUUCCUGGUCAGCGUCAUCCUUGUCACAUCGUAUUUCUUCGAUCCACAAAGGUUGCACGACGACAUCUCGACCAUCGUGUUGAAUUCCACCGGAAUCACUACCAUCUUCUCGUACCUCGUUGGCAUCAACGUCAGCAUUCUGUUCCUGGUACAUCCCUCCAUCCAGCUAUGGGCGCACUGCCGGACCGUUACCAAGAGCUGGCUCGCAGACUUCGUUUUCGCGACCUUGUUUUUGGUGUACCUCGGAUGCUGCGUGGUGCUUCCCUCCAGCUACGUGUUCGUUCACGAGCUGCCACCGCUGUCUGCGUGUAUCAUCGCGUUCGAGCAGGUCCGUCUCAUCAUGAAGGUGUACGGGUACGUGAGGGAGAUGAUUGGUCGGGUGCUCACUUACGCCCAACUCAAAGCCAAGAGCCCCGAGAAUGGCCAGGAGCUGGUGCUGCCUGGCAUUCCUAGCGUGCUCUAUUUCCUCUUCGCCCCUACCCUCAUCUACAGGGACUCGUACCCAAGGACACCAAAAGUCCGCUGGGGAUUGGUGCUUUGGUACCUGGGCCAGUUCUUGGCCUGCUUCCUGCUCUACUCGGUGGUGCUGAACCACUUCAUCAAGGACCUGUUCCGCGACGCCGGCAAGGAGAGCUUCCAGCUGCUGGGCUUCACCCUGACCGGUUGCGCCAUCAUGCUGCUGGGGAGCAUUUCCAUGUUUCUCGUCUUCUACGGCUUCCUACACUGCUGGCUCAACAUCUUCGCCGAGGCCAUGCGCUUCGGAGACCGCCUCUUCUACCUGGACUGGUGGAACAGUACCACGUACGGGGACUUCUACAGGUCGUGGAAUCUUGUCGUUCAUGACUGGCUCUUCAACUACGUCUAUCGUGAUGCCUACAGGGCUUUCAACCGGAACAAGAAAUACUCCAUGCUCGUGGUGUUCUUCCUCUCGGCUGUCGUCCACGAGUACAUCUUGGCAGUCACCUACAGAUUUUUCUUUCCGGUCAUCUUGGUCGUGUUUGGUACCCUUGGUGUGGCGUUUGUGUUCAUCACCAAAAAGAAGACUGCACGUUUCUGGAACGUAUUCCUCUGGAUUACACUCAUCGCCGGCUGGGGUCUUAUCGUCAUUUUCUACACUGUCGAGUUUUACUCAAGAAUCAACUGCCCUCAAACAAGGACGGAUGUCGUUGACUUCUUCCUCCCGAGGUCCUUUUCCUGGUCGUGCAAUGCCUUCAGCCACUCCAUUUGGUUUCCGUCGUCCAUCUACCGGCAGAGGACUCCGGUCACGUGACGCUCGUGCACCCUUAGGCCCUAGUCUUGUCUCAACGGAAGCGCGCCCUGGGAGCGGAUCACGGAAGUGUGCGUGCCCCGAAGAGUGCCGAAAGCUGAAUUCCAUGUACAUAGUUCAUCUUGAACAAAGGACAUUGUCUUAUUAUACUGAUGAUUUUUUUAAGUACCUUACUAAAUGGGCCUGCUGUCUCGUUGCAUGGUCUCGCUUGUUUUUGACAAUUUUUUUACAAUUACCGUUGAAAUAAACUCAUUUUGAACCGA